AUGGCACUGAUGCUAUUGUACGAAACGGCUGCUGGGUAUGCAUUGUACAAGGUGGAAGAGUGGGACAGGAUUGGGAAUGAUGGAUCAAUAGAGGAAUUAGUUAAAAAUGAGAGUUUAUUUUCAAAGAUGGUAAAUUUUGUCGCCUUCCAACCUUUCAAGAGUUCUGCCGAAGCGCUUGAAAACAUAACUGCAAUUGCAGCUGGAGAAGCCACCGAUUUACUAGUUUCAUUCCUUCAACAAAACAUUCCACAACCAAAGAAAAUGAUUCUGGCGGUAAUAGAACCAGGGCUCGGUAAGAGCUUGUCAAAUAAGGGGUUUAACAUGAAAUUUGACUCCGAUUGCUUGGAAUUAAUUCGUGGGUGUAGGCUUUAUGAAUCCAAAAAUAUAGCCAAAUUUUCAGAUAUCGUCCUAGAUAUAGAGAGAUUUCAAGUGGGUUUGGCCCAUAGCUACGCUAGAUCCAAGAUGAAACAGGAUCCGUCAAGAUAUGAUAAACCCAUUAUCAAUAUUGUAGCCACUCUUGAAUCUGUGGAAAAGAAUUUAAACACUUUUGCCAUGCGGGUAAGGGAGUGGUACGGCUGGCAUUUUCCUGAACUAAACAAGAUUAUUGAAGACCACAAAACAUACUCCAAUGUUAUUCAGUUUAUCCAGUUUAGGGAAAAGUUUGAUGCACUAGAAGAUUACACGCCGCUACUUCAAUUUGUUUCAGAGGAUGUUGCUAAUAACAUUAUUAAAGCCAGUGCACAAUCCAUGGGACAGGAAAUUACUGAAGGGGAUAUGUUAAACAUUCUAAAUAUUACCAAGACUAUAAUAAAGCUUUCUGAUAUGAGAGAGAGGUUAACAGCUCACCUGAUGAAUAAGAUGAAAUUUGCAGCACCUAAUUUGACUGAAUUACUUGGUGACUAUUUAUCUGGUCGAUUAAUUAGCCAUGCUGGAUCAUUAGUCAAUUUGGCCAAAUGCCCCGCAAGUACUAUACAAAUUCUUGGGGCAGAAAAGGCACUAUUUAGAGCCUUAAAGACACGGUCUAAUACCCCCAAGUAUGGAUUCCUAUACCAAUCCAGUUACAUUGGCAAGGCUUCAAUUAAAAAUAAGGGCAAAGCAGCUAGAUACCUAGCCAAUAAAUGCGCCCUCGCAGCGCGCUUGGACUGCUUCUCUGACAAUGUAUCCAAUGUCUACGGGAAGGCAAUGAAGAUGCAGUUGAAUAAGCAGUUGGAGUAUGUAACGAGUGGCGGAGACAAGCCUGAACAAAAUUUAAAUGUGAUGAGGGAGGCUAUCGCAAACGAUGAGACUAGGAAAAGCAAUGACCAGGAGGUGAAGACGACUGGGCUCCUCUGGUUCUGA